AUGGGUUGGAUCACAAAUUUAUUCGGAGGUAACAAGAAACGUCUCCAAGCUGCUGGAAACAAGAGACAAAAUGGUAUGACUAAUAACCAAAGUUUCUACGCUUAA